GAUCUCCGUAGGGUCUCUCUCUCUCUCUCUCUCUCUCUCUCUCUGAUCUCGGCAAUCGAGGAAAGCAAAAAACCUUUCCGUUUGUUUUCAGCAAAGAAAGAGAAGAGAGCCGAUCUCGAUCUCUCUCUCUCGCUCUCUCUCUCUGAGACGACAGAAUUUCCGUUUUCUAAAGAAAUAGAGUAGAAGCAGAGCUUCAACAAAUAUUGGUGCGAUGGAUUUACGCUCAAACCCUAGAACAGCCACCCCCUCGCUCUUCUUCUUUCUCAUCCUCCUCAACGCCUUCGUCUUCUUGGCUCUCCACCCCGUCUCUGCUCAGGAGUCUGUGAUUGAAACUGAGAAGGAAGAGGCUAGUGGAUCCAGAGAUCUGGGCCGACGUGGCAAGAUUAAUCUGAGCGACCUCGAAAGUAUUGGGGAUAAGACUGGUCUCGAUUCUGUUGGUCUCAGUCUCAGCUUGAACUCUGAAGGUCUUGGAAUUUUCGAUGCAUUUUUAGCGAGUUUAUCAAUGAUUCUCGUCAGUGAGAUUGGAGAUGAGACAUUUAUAAUAGCAGCUCUUAUGGCGAUGCGUCACCCCAAGUCAAUUGUUUUAUCUGGUGCGCUCAGUGCCUUGAUUGUAAUGACAGUACUUUCCACUGGACUUGGUAGGAUUGUGCCAAAUUUAAUAUCCAGAAAGCAUACAAAUAGUGCAGCCACAGUUCUUUAUGCAUUUUUUGGGUUGCGGUUACUUUACAUUGCCUGGAGAUCAGAUUCAAAAUCUUCUCAGAAAAAAGAGAUUGAAGAAGUAGAAGAGAAACUUGAGGGUGGACAAGGGAAAACAACCUUCCGCCGCUUCUUUUCAAGAUUCUGUACACCAAUAUUUUUGGAGGCAUUUAUAUUAACAUUUCUAGCAGAAUGGGGAGACCGUAGCCAGAUAGCAACAAUUGCUCUGGCAACACACAAAAACGCAAUUGGAGUGGCAGUGGGUGCCACAAUAGGACAUACUAUCUGUACCUCAGUGGCAGUGGUGGGAGGAAGCAUGCUAGCAUCUAAGAUCUCACAACGCACGGUUGCCACAGUUGGGGGCUUGCUGUUCCUCUGCUUUUCACUGUCUUCCUAUUUCUAUCCACCCCUAUAAUUGUGAGAAAUCGUAGGCUAACAUUGAUUCUUUUAGAGCAUGCAUCAAUUCUCUUCACUAGAACUUUCCUUCUCUUUUUUUUUUUUUUUUUUUUUUUUGGGGUGAAGGUGUGGGUUGGGUUAUAUUCGAAGUAAAGCAUGAUACGAACUGAUACCUAAUUUUUUCAUUAUAUAUAUAUUUUUGAAAAAUUAGUUUA